AUGCAGCUGAUCGGCGCCGUGAGCAGCAUCGACGUCUGCGGCGCCGCACCGCACGACUACUGCGUCUCGGCGGGCACGCGGUUGCACGUGUACAAUGGCGCCACCUCCGCCGCCAAGCGCCAGUUUGGCCGCUUCAAGGACAGAGCCUACAGCGGCAGCUUCCGUCAGGAUGGCAGGCUGAUUGUGGCGGGCGGCGAGGACUCUGUGGUGUUUGACUCAAGCAGCAGAACGCUGCUGCGACAGUUCAAGGGGCACAAGGCGCCGGUGCACGUGGCCAAGUUUGCAGAGGGCCAGCAUGUCAUAACGGGCGGCGACGACGGGCUUGUGGCGCUUUGGGACGUCACCUCGGGGCAGCAGGUGUGCACCCUGCGUGGGCAUACCGAUUACGUCCGGUAUGACCACAUCUGCAAGCUGUGGGAUGUGCGGCAAAAGCGGUGCCUGGCUGGCGUGGACCAUGGGGCACCCAUUGAGAGCCAGCUGGGCAGGCCACUCUACGCCAGGACUGCCAUCGCCAUGGCCGAGCGCCUGCUCAGUAGCUGCCCCGCCACGCUCGAUGCGGGUGGCGUGGGGCUGGAGCACCUGGAGCGCUUGGAAGGGGCGGUCGCUGAGGAGCUGCGAACACAGGAGCAGCUCAUGGGGGUGCAGGGCAUGGUGUCCGCCCUUGUUGGCUAG